AUGGCACCACGACCCAGGAAACGUGUCCGACGGAGAAGAGUUACAGAAAACUUCGACGACUCAAGCGACUCAUCAGCAUCUUCAUCCUCUUCAGCCUCGAGUCAAUCAAACGAUCCAACAGCGAAAAUCACCAGCAAGUCUUCGUCUGAUAGCAGCGAAAGCUCAAGUGAGAGCGAGUCGACAGAUAGCAGCUCGUCUUCUUCAUCAAGCUCCGCCUCUUCGUCGGCCCGACCGACAGCAAAGCGAGGUCGAUUGGCCAAAAAACAAACACGCGUCGGCCAACAACAGCCCAAACAAGACGCAGAACCGGGGUUAACAGAAACAACUUGCAGAUCACCGUCACCCGUUGCACAGUCACCACCAGCUCCUUUACCAAGCUCCUUCUUCGACCCAGACCUUGCACUUCCCUAUCUAGAUUCGCCGCCCGACUUCAGUCUUCCGGCAGGUUUCGAAACCCGGCCGGCCACCCGGCAAGUCGAUGGCCUCCAAUCCGCCCGUCAGACACUGGCGCAAGAUGAGGACAGAUUUCGCGCCUGGUACAUGACGACGAUCGUCGACCGAUUUCCGAACGAGUUGGACCAGCUUCGGACGUCUUGCAAUUCCCAGAAGGCGCAUUCUAAUCUCGACUUGCUGGUUGCUGCACUGGGCUCCGGCGUCGACAUCUUUGAUGAUAGUGUUGCCCUCUCUUCUUCCUCUGAUACUGCGACAAAGGUCUCACAUCAAAACCCGUCUUCUUCCAAGAUGGCCUUGGACGACCAUCAUCUUGUUUUAGAGUCUCUCGACUUGGCUGAUGCAAAAUUAUAA